GCAAACGUUUCCCGCUCUGUUUCCCGCGGUGGAGCAGGUCCCGGGGUGUGAAGGCCCCCAGCCGUGCGGAUUUCGGGAUCUCCCUAGAGUGAGUGACUGUACCCGAGUGAGUUUACAGGGUCAAGAGCGAGGAAACGCGCGGCUCCGAAAACGAGGGACAGGAGAGUGAAGGUGUCCAUACUUCAAGAGCCCAGGGGUCCAGACUACUAUCAGGAUGGUGGGUGAAGGCCCCUACCUCAUCUCAGAUCUGGACCGGCGAGGCCAGCGGAGAUCCUUUGCAGAGAGAUAUGACCCCAGCCUGAAGACCAUGAUCCCAUUGAGACCCUAUGCAAGCUCUUGGCUCCUGGGGAAGCCUCACCCCCACUGCGGCACACCCUGCUCCGGACCUUCCGCAUCCUCCUGAGAGCACACGACACGCACCCAACUCCUCUGACAGUCAGCACCCAGGUCUCCAUUUCCUCACAGCAAAUGGAGCAGGUGUCCUCUUUCCCAUGGGAUGGUCAGGAGUCUCCAACCUUGGUUGGCGCCCAACCCCAUAGACGAUGCAGGGCUUCUCUCCUUCGCCACGUUUUCCUGGCUCACACCAGCCAUGGUCAGAGGCUACAAGCACACGCUGACUGUGGACACCCUGCCCCCGCUGUCGCCGUAUGACUCAUCUGACACCAACGCCAAAAGAUUUCGAAUCCUUUGGGAGGAAGAGGUAGAAAGGAUGGGUCCUGAGAAAGCCUCUCUGGGCCGCGUGGUCUGGAAAUUCCAGAGGACACGUGUUUUGAUGGAUAUAGUGGCCAACAUCCUGUGCAUUAUUAUGGCAGCUAUAGGGCCGACAGUUCUCAUUCACCAAAUCCUGCAGCACACCGAGAGCAUCUCCAGGAAUGUCUGGGUUGGCACUGGGCUCUGCAUAGCUCUUUUUGCCACCGAGUUUACCAAAGUCCUCUUUUGGGCCCUUGCCUGGGCUAUAAAUUACCGCACGGCGAUCCGGCUGAAGGUGGCCAUCUCCACUCUGGUUUUUGAAAAGCUGGUGUCCUUCAAGACGCUGACACACAUCUCUGUCGGUGAGGUGCUCAAUAUACUAUCAAAUGAUAGUUAUUCAUUGUUUGAAGCUGCCUUGUUUUGUCCCUUGCCAGCUACCAUCCCUAUCCUAAUGGUUGGUUGUGCGGUGUAUGCCUUUUUCAUUCUGGGGCCCACAGCUCUCAUUGGAAUAUCUGUGUACAUCAUAUUCAUUCCCAUCCAGAUGUUUCUGGCUAAACUCAAUUCAGCCUUCCGAAGAUCAGCAAUUUCAGUGACAGACAAGCGAGUUCAGACAAUGAAUGAGUUUCUGACCUGCAUCAAGCUGAUUAAAAUGUACGCCUGGGAGAAAUCUUUUACCAACACCAUUCGAGAUCUAAGGAAGAGGGAAAGAAAAUUACUGGAGAAAGCUGGAUUUGUCCAAAGUGGCAACUCAGCGCUAGCCCCCAUUGCGUCCACCAUAGCCAUUGUUCUGACCUUCACCUGCCACGUCCUCCUGAGACGCAAGCUCACUGCCCCAGUGAAAAUUCUCAUAGAUAAAAGCCCCCCAUCUUACAUCACCCAACCAGAAGACCCAGAUACUGUCUUGCUUUUAGCAAAUGCCACCUUGACAUGGGAGCAAGAAACCAGCAGGAAAAGCGACCUAAAGAAAGUACAGAGCCAGAAAAAGCAUUUUCUCAAGAAACAGAGGCCAGAGGCAUACAGUUUGAGUCCACCAACCCAGGGAGUCACUGGCCCAGAGGAGCAAAGUGGCAGCCCGAAAUUGGUUCUGCACAAUAUAAGCUUUGCGGUGAGAAAGGGGAAAGUCUUGGGAAUAUGCGGGAAUGUUGGAAGUGGAAAGAGCUCCCUCAUUGCAGCUCUCCUAGGACAGAUGCAGUUACGACAAGGGACCGUAGCAGUCAAUGGGACUCUGGCCUAUGUUUCCCAGCAAGCAUGGAUCUUUCACGGAAAUGUGAGAGAAAACAUACUAUUUGGAGAAAAGUAUGAUCACCAAAGGUAUCAGCACACGGUUCGUGUCUGUGCCCUCCAGGAGGACCUGAGCAGCCUCCCUUAUGGAGACCUGACUGAGAUCGGGGAGCGGGGCCUCAACCUCUCAGGGGGGCAGAAGCAGAGGAUCAGCCUGGCCCGUGCCAUCUACUCCAACCACGAGAUCUAUCUGCUGGACGACCCCCUGUCAGCUGUGGAUGCCCACGUGGGAAAGCAUGUCUUUGAGGAGUGCAUUAAGAAGACACUCAGGGGGAAGACCAUCGUCCUGGUGACCCACCAGCUGCAGCUCUUAGAGUCUUGUGAUGAAGUCAUUUUGUUAGAAGAUGGAGAGAUUUGUGAGAAGGGAACCCACAAGGAGUUAAUGGAGGAGAGAGGGCACUAUGCAAAGCUGAUCCACAACCUCAGAGGGUUGCAAUUCAAGGAUCCUGAGCAUAUUUGCAAUGCAGCCAUGGUGGAAGCCCUCAAGGAGAGCCCUGCUGAGAGAGACGAAGACGCUGGUACAAUCAGAGUUCAAAUCACGCCUCUUAUUGCCCACGGCUCACGAGUGGACACAGAUCUCUCUUUAUUUCUCACCCUAGUUUUGGCUCCAAAAGAUGAGAAAGAUGAAGGAAAUGAACCUGAAACAGACUCAGAAUUUGUAGACGUAAAAGUUCCUCCGCACCAGCUUGUCCAGACGGAAGGCUCCCAGAAGGGAGCUGCGACCUGGAAAACAUGCCACACGUACAUUCAGGCUUCCGGAGGGUACCUCCUCUCUCUCUUCACAGUGUCCCUCUUCCUCCUGAUGAUUGGCAGCUCAGCCUUCGGCAACUGGUGGCUGGGUCUCUGGUUAGACAAGGGUUCACAGGUGACCUGUGGGACCCGGGCCAAUAAGAGCACGUGUGAGAUCGGUGCGGUGCUAGCAGACACCGGGCAGCAUGUGUACCAGUGGGUGUACGCAGGGAGCAUGGUGUCUGUGCUGCUGUUUGGCAUCAUCAAAGGCUUCAUCUUCACCAAGACCACACUGACGGCAUCCUCCUGGCUACACGACCAAGUGUUUGACAAGAUCUUAAAGAGCCCAAUGAGCUUCUUUGACACGACUCCCACUGGCAGACUAAUGAACCGUUUUUCCAAAGACAUGGACGAGCUGGAUGUGCGGCUGCCAUUUCACGCAGAGAACUUUCUCCAGCAGUUUUUUAUGGUGGUGUUUAUUCUCACGAUAUUGGCUGCUGUGUUUCCUGCUGUCCUUUUAGUCUUGGCCGGCCUUGCUGUAGGCUUCUUCAUCCUUUUAUGCAUUUUCCAUCGAGGCCUCCAGGAGCUCAAAAAGGUGGAGAACGUCAGCCGGUCCCCCUGGUUCUCACACAUCACCUCGUCCAUGCAGGGCCUGGGCAUCAUCCACGCCUACGACAGGAAGGAGGAGUGCAUCAACAAGUUUAUGGUGCUAAAUGAUGAAAACUCCAGCCACCUCCUGUACUUUAACUGUGCUCUCAGGUGGUUUGCUCUAAGAAUGGAUGUCCUCAUGAACAUCGUCACUUUCAUUGUGGCUUUGUUGGUGACCCUGAGUUUCUCCUCAAUCAGUGCUUCAUCCAAGGGCUUGUCAUUGUCUUACAUCAUCCAGCUAAGUGGACUGCUCCAAGUGUGUGUGCGAACAGGAACAGAGACCCAGGCCAAAUUCACGUCCGUGGAGCUGCUCAGGGAGUAUAUCUCGACCUGUGUUCCUGAAUGCGCUCACCCCCUCAAAGUGGAGACCUGUCCCCCUGACUGGCCGAGCCGUGGGGAGAUAAGCUUCAGAGACUAUCAGAUGAGAUAUAGAGAAAACACUCCCCUUGUUCUCCACGGGCUGAACUUGAACAUCCAAAGUGGGCAGAGAGUUGGGAUUGUCGGAAGAACAGGUUCCGGAAAGUCGUCGUUAGGAAUGGCCUUGUUCCGUCUGGUGGAACCGGCCGGCGGCACAAUCUUCAUUGAUGAGGUGGAUAUCUGUACUAUUGGUUUGGAAGACCUCAGAACCAAGCUGACUGUCAUCCCCCAGGAUCCUAUCCUGUUUGUAGGUACAGUAAGGUACAACUUGGAUCCCUUUGAGAGUCACACCGAUGAGAUGCUCUGGCAGGUUCUGGAGAGAACAUUCAUGAGAGACACAAUAUUGAAACUCCCAGAAAAAUUACAGGCGGAAGUCACAGAAAACGGAGAAAACUUCUCAGUAGGGGAACGCCAGCUGCUUUGUAUGGCCCGAGCGCUUCUCCGUAAUUCAAAAAUCAUUCUCCUUGAUGAAGCCACUGCUUCCAUGGACUCCAAGACUGACACCCUUGUUCAGAACACCAUCAAAGAUGCCUUCAAAGGCUGCACAGUGUUGACCAUUGCCCACCGCCUCAACACAGUCCUCAACUGUGAUCUCGUCCUUGUCAUGGAAAAUGGGAAGGUUGUCGAGUUUGACAAGCCUGAAGUUCUUGCUGAGAAGCCAGAUUCUGCGUUUGCGAUGUUACUAGCAGCAGAAAACAAAGUUCGAUUAUAAAGGUCCCUGGGGGGCCACAUCAGCUGAUUUUAGAGGAGAAGGAGGAUGCAUGAGAUGAGUGGAUGAGCCUGAAAGAGGAGGGGCUGUCCUCUCUCCCACCCGUGACGCACAGUUUGAGCUGGGUCGAAGGUUCCUUUCCCACCUCACCCAGCCCAUGUCUCCUGACCUCACUUGGCGAGCUUGGGUUGGUUCUGGGUGGAGAACAGAGCAGAAAAAACUAGUGGGUUAAAAACUGUCCCUCACCUCCUAAAACCCCAAGGGUCCCUCAUGUGUCCCCACCGAUACCAUCUCAGUACCUGGGAAUGGAAACAUUGUAACCUUCAGUUAAAACUGGUCAAAGUAAACAGAAUGGGAAAAUGCCUAAGGAUGGAGUUGGUGAAGAUUCCCUGCCCUGUUAUCAGAAGGAAAAACAGCAGAGUCUUCUUCCUGUUGAACUCCUACUCACAUCUAUUUUGAGUGUGUGACAAGCAAUAACCACACAGAUCUGUAGCAUGAAAGAUUGAUUACAAUGUUUGGCAAAAAAAAAUUUUUAAAUCAUAUUGCAUGUUCCAUUUGAUCUAUUACAAUAACCAGGAAAACAAAGUGUAGUUUCUCUAUAAAUGACAUUUUUAUAUCCUCUAUAAAUGGUCAUUAAAAUGCAGUAGGAAAUUAAACUACCCUGAAAUGUUGCCUUACAAUUAUUUUACUGAAG